CGUUGCUCAUGCAAGGGAAAAGACGGAAGUCCGUGGAAUACAAAGGCGCUAGAUCGUUUUAAAGAUCGAAACGUUCAUAUUCCGAAAUGAAGUACAAACGCAUCGGUGCUAUUGGCGCAUUUUUAAUCGCGACCUUGUGCCUGUUAUCAGGUCUGAUGUAUUAUUUUAAUCAAGACACUUGCCCAGUGGGAACGUUCCUUUGUUACAAUACCACAAUUUGUCUACCACAGAGAAAUUGGUGCGACUUGCAAAGCCAAUGUCCUCACGGGGAUGACGAACAAAAUUGCUAUGAUUAUCACGGUGUAUUGGACUGGUUUGGCAGUGACAGAGAUUCCGAACCUGUAAGGGAGUUCGUUUGUGAUACCACCGACAUUCCUGUCGGUUGUAAGUACGUGAAGUGUCGCGCCACUUGUCACGACUACUCGGAAAUUCCGAGAAACCUAUCUUCUCAAACUACUUCCAUAACUCUGUAUAAUAGCUCGAUUAAACGCGUGCCAAUGGGCGCCUUUGCGCAAUACUCAGAAAUCCGUAUACUAUAUCUUGAUGGUAAUAAUAUACACGAGCUAGAAAAAGGAGCUUUUCUUAAUUUGACUAAAUUGUUUUGGCUAGCUUUGGAUAACAAUCAAAUUAACGAAUUUCUGCCUGGACAUUUUACUGGUUUAACCAACUUGGAAUCUUUGAGGGCCAAUAAGAACAGAAUCACUGUGGCAGAUUUUUCAGACUUAGAAGGGAGCAAUGCUUUAAACUUCAUAAAUUUGAAUGAAAAUCAAUUAACUUCGAAAGGACUGAAGUUGCCAGAAUUGCCGGUAUUAAGCGAGAUAUUGUUAGAUGAAAAUAAUUUCGAAUCAAUACCCGAUACUUUGUUCGCUGGAUGUCCAUCAUUAAAAUUACUGAGUAUGCAAAAGAACAAAAUAAAGACGAUCGAUGAGGACACGUUCCGAAAUUUGGAGCAGCUAGUCGAACUUAAUUUGGCGUUCAACGAAAUAACGACCGUCCCGCUGAAUGUAUUCCAACCGUUAAAAAAUCUGACGAGGUUACAAUUAGGUUACAAUCGCUUUUAUAAUUUACCGAUGGCCGUGUUGACUCCAUUGACAAGACUGGAUUCUCUAGAUCUGGAAGGUAUAAAUUUGGAUGCACUACCAAAAAACGCGUUCGCACUGUUCAAGCAAUUGGACUUCGUCUACUUCAAGAAGUUUCAUUAUUGUGCGACUUACGCGCCGAAAGCAAAACGAUGUCGACCCGUUAGUGACGGAGUAUCGUCGUUAUCCCAUUUGCUCGAUAAAACUUUAUUACGAGCAGCAGUAUGGGUAAUUUCGUGUGUUACUUGUACGGGUAACGUGCUUGUUCUUUGGGGGAGAUUCACAGCCAAGGAUGAGAAUCGCGUAUUAACCAUUAUUAUCCGAAAUCUAGCAGUCUCCGACAUGUUAAUGGGGCUAUAUCUAUUCAUAAUCGCUAUAGCAGACAUAACAUUCCGCGAUAAUUAUAAUCAAGUCGCCAGUUCAUGGAUGUCUUCGUGGUAUUGUACCUUUGUAGGACUAUUGGCAAUGACAUCUUUGGAGGUUUCAGUAUUGAUCCUGUCGUUCAUGUCUCUGGAACGAUAUAUGCUAAUAGCAGCCCCACUGAAAGGUCACCGUACCAUGACACCGCAUACGGCAAUUGCAUCGAUGAUCAUCAUUUGGAUCACAGGAAUUACCCUUGCUCUCGUACCAGUGAUUCUCUGGCGAAGCAGCACGAGAUUUUACGGCGUAAAUGGAAUGUGUUUCCCCUUGCACAUUGACGAUCCGUACUUAAUUGGAUGGGAAUAUUCGGCCUUCGUCUUCUUGGGAUUAAACCUUAUGGGGCUGCUUACGAUUGGUUACGCUUACACGGGUAUGUUUCUGAGCAUUUGGAAAACGAGACACGCCUGUCCUUUGUCUGUUGGCGAUUCCGAAUUCGCCUUACGAUUUUUUCUUAUCGUUCUAACGGAUGCAGCCUGCUGGGCACCAAUUAUCGUUUUGAAGAUUAGAGCUAUGAUGAAGUAUCCUAUUUCAGCUGAUUUUUACGCAUGGGUGGUAGUUUUUAUACUACCUGUGAACAGUGCGGUCAAUCCGUUAUUAUACACAUUUACCACUCCUAAAUAUCGAGAAAGACUAAAUGAUGGAUGGUUUGGAAAAGUACGUAACUAUAUGACACGAAAAUCUUCCGAAGAUACGUCUACAGCAAUGAGCAACAAAGAUAAAAUGUUGUCUUUAUCAGAUGGGAAAGAGUAUGACAAUAAAAUUCGAUUUAAUAAGAAGCAAAUGCAGCCUGUUAAACGCAAUCGUAUGAUAUGAUUUUUGUUAUAUUAUAUGUUUAAUUUGUUGUUACUUAGAAGCUCAUAGAAAAGACGAAUAAUAUACUUUCUCGCGUACUAAAAAUUAGUUGAAGGUUAACAAGUGGAUUAACAAGUUGAAUGCAAUAUUUGAACGUUACUUGCUGUAGCAGUACAGCACACAGAAUAGAUGGUUUUUAUAAACAAGUAAGUACUCUGUUGUUAAAGAUUUAACAUAAGUAAACAAUUUUAUGUAUAGCUGUUGUAUAUUUAUAUAACGAACUGUUACGUAUAAAAUAAAACAUGAUUUUCUGUAAAUUGUCCGGAUGAUGGAAUAUGCAUGAAAAUGUUAUAUCGUUAAGAUAUUAGAAUAUAAAGACAAAUUUCGGAAAAAGAACUAAAUGAGAGAAAGACAGAUCACUGUUAGAUCUAAUGCGGCAAAAUCUGUGAUCUGUUCUAAUGAUGUAACGUAUAUGAGCAUUCCGUUCCGCUAUUAGAAAUAUAAAACGACAUUGCAGUUGAUGCAAAUCAAGAGAAGAAUACGUAAUUCAGUCGAUAGCUGACCAAUCCGAGCUCUAAUCUAAACUGUUAAUCGGUAAACUGAUUCAAACCACUAAAUUUCCAAUAAAAAAUCCUCAAAUCACAUAAUUUCCAACCGAUAACUUUCAAAUUUCUAAACUUUUAGUAAAAAAAUUUGCAAAUUACUAAACAUUAGAUCGAUAAUCUUAAAAUUGCUAAAUUUCUAAAAAUCAAGGAUUCAAGCAACCAAUUGAAAACUCGGGCAGCUGACAUCAGAACUAUCGGGGUGAUAAUUCACGGUGGCGGAUUUUUACGAUUGGUUCGCGACGGCACGGCGCGGACAGCACGCUGAUUCGCACGCGAUUUCACGCUAUCGCCGCUUGGCCAGAUUUCGCCUGGUGAGUUUACGACGCGAAAAGCAUCGUUCGUGCAACUCACUUCGACUGCCGAUUAUGCACUCCUUCCUACGUAGAAACCGCGAUUCGUUUUCUAAAUCGUACAUAAAUUACUCGUAACGAAGAGCAUGGGACGCGUUCCGAAAAAUUUAUUGCAUCCAUUCUGAUCUAUCGGCAAAUCGUGUACCACGAUGAUACACCGUUAUCGAGGAACCCGUCGAGGGGUCAAGUCGAAGCCGUCGUAUCGAUUUUCUUAUUGUGCAACCGAGAGAACAGAAUAACCGGCACGCUUUUUGUCAAGUCGCGGCUGGACAUCGUGCGCCGCUUAUUUCGGCGCCCAAUGAACGUAAAUAACCACCGCCGUAUUUUACCGGCGGCACUGGAUUGCCUAAUUAAGUCAGCGGACAGCGCGUUAAGAGAGUCGACUGAGAGAAUCCAGCGGAAUGGUGGCGUAAACGUUUCUUCGUAUAAAAUAUAUCGAAUUUUCGAACACUUUGUAGUAUGUUCAUGGACAAUGCUAGUAGUCGGGAGUUGGAAAAUUAUCUCUUUGAAAGACAAAAGUUACAAUACGAAUUAGAGUUUCUUGUUUCUUUUUUUGUGAGAGAAAAAUAAAAGACAUUUUAUUUAUAUAUUCUUUAUCUUUCUUUAUCUUUUAAUAUAAUUCAGAGACGCAAUCCACUACCUCGAUGAUAUGUACGUGGAAGACAAAUUUAAUGUUAUAUAUUGUUCAACAGCUUACAACGAUCAUGCUUGCAUAUUUACCAUACAAAUUGAGGAUCAUCAAUCAACGAAGCGUCAACGAAGUAAACAUAUGUACAUAUACAUACUUACAUAAGCACUUUAUUCUAUCGUCUCGUAAUUAUCCUCUUAAACAUUAACCACAACUUUUUUGAAGUGCAAGGAAGUUAAUUUCACGGUGUCAUAAAAUGGCACCAACUAUCGGUUUUACUGGACGUCUUUCGUUACUUUGUAAUUAGUUACAGUCGUCUUCUAUUACUCUUGCAAUUCGACAUGCCCACGCUUUUCCUUGUCGUACAGGAUUAGUUUCUAUAGAAACAUGGUGGUACCCCUUAUUAAUUCACUCAAGAAUUAAAUAGCGUAGUCUCAAUAGGUAAUUUAAUCAAUUAACUGCUGUCACCCACCAUAAAAUGCAGUCGAUUAUUUUUGUGGAAGUUUGUAGCUCGUCCUUGGUAUACUUGAAAUAUAAUUUGAUAAUUAAACUUCAUUUUGAUCGUAAAAAUUCCUUCGAAAUUCAUGAACUGUGUGUAUUAAAGUCACGAAAGAUAUAUCACGCGAACGAUUAAAAAUUGAUAACUUCGAAGACUUUAUAACGUAGUAAAACAAAUUGGCAUGUCUUUCGAAAAUUGCUACCUUGACGAUAUACAUAAUUGAGUUUUCACGAUUAAUAAGCGGAUGCGACGUCAGCUACACGCGAAACCAGAUGGAGACGUGUGUAAACAGAAAAAUCACUGAAAUAUCAUGGCGCAAAUUAAAACGGCAAUUCCAUAUUAUAAUUAAAUGUUUUUAUACGAGCGGGAAUCGAUGUUCAACUGCGUUACGACGGAACAUAAAUUAUUAUACCGGCCAAAAAAAGACGCAUCGUUGCACUCUACGAUUCGCCGCCACGUGGGCCGCCUCUUACACGAUAUAAUGUAUAAUUUAUGAUAGAUGGCCAAUGGGAGGAUCCCGUUAAGGGGCCUCGAUACUUCCUGCAAGACAGUUCGCCUUUUCGGACUGAUUUUUCUUCUGUCUUGCGACAACAACGCGUUUUUCUAGAGA